CAUUACUAACUUAAAGAGCUACCCAUUAUCAAUUUUCCGCUUGUCCGGAGGAUGGUCAUGGGAUUCGAAGCCUGUUCUCUACUCGUUAGUACUAUUUCAUGUAACAUGGAGUUGACAUUCAUGUUUAGCAUAUGUGUUCUCAUUCUCUCCCUCUUUUUCCUCCGUUCUUUUCUCAAAUUCUGUGCCUCCGGUCACCGGAAACUUCCUCUUCCACCUGGCUCUAUGGGUUGGCCUUAUAUUGGAGAAACAUUUCAACUCUAUUCCCAAAACCCAAAUGUCUUCUUUGCUUCCAAAGUGAAAAAGUUUGGUUCUAUAUUAAAGACUCACAUAUUGGGUUGUCCUUGCGUGAUGAUUUCAAGCCCGGAGGCUGCGAAAUUAGUGCUUGUGACAAAGGCCAAUCUCUUCAAACCAACAUUUCCGGCUAGUAAAGAGAGGAUGUUGGGCAAACAAGCAAUUUUCUUCCACCAAGGAGAGUACCACACCAAGUUGAGGAAGCUAGUUCUGAGAGCAUUCAUGCCCGAGGGAAUCAAAAGCAUCGUUUCGGAUAUCGAAUCAAUCGCUAUCAACUCUCUACAGUCAUGGGAAGGCCAGUUAAUCACCACUUACCAAGAAAUGAAGACAUACACAUUCAAUGUUGCAUUACUUUCCAUAUUUGGAAAGGAUGAAGUCCUCUACAGAGAAGAUCUCAAGAGAUGCUACUACAUUCUAGAGAAGGGGUACAAUUCAAUGCCCAUUAACCUUCCGGGGACACUCUUCAACAAGGCCAUGAAAGCAAGAAAGGAGUUAGCUCAGAUCUUGGCCAAAAUCCUCUCACUUAGGAGGGAAAUGAAACACUAUCACAAUGAUUUGCUUGGAUCUUUCAUGGGUGACAAAGAAGGCCUCACCGACGAACAAAUAGCCGAUAACAUCAUCGGUGUCAUCUUCGCAGCUCGUGACACGACGGCCAGUGUCCUAACAUGGAUCGUCAAGUACCUCGCUGAAAAUCCAGCCGUCCUACAAGCUGUCACUGAAGAGCAAGAGGCCAUAAUGAGAACAAAGGAGUGUGUUGAAGAGAAGGUUCUGACUUGGGAAGAUACUAAGAAGAUGCCAUUAACUUCAAGGGUGAUUCAAGAAACACUCAGAGUGGCUUCAAUCUUAUCUUUUACUUUCAGAGAAGCUGUAGAAGAUGUUGAAUUUGAAGGGUACCAUAUACCAAAAGGAUGGAAAGUCUUACCACUCUUUAGAAACAUUCACCAUAGCCCAGACAAUUUUGCUGAGCCUGAGAAGUUUGAUCCAUCAAGAUUUGAGGUUGCUCCAAAACCCAAUACAUUCAUGCCAUUUGGCAGUGGGACCCACUCAUGUCCUGGGAAUGAGUUAGCCAAACUGGAGAUUUUGGUAAUUGUACAUCAUCUGACCACAAAGUACAGAUGGUCUAUGGUGGGGCCACAGAAUGGAAUUCAGUAUGGCCCCUUUGCUCUUCCCCAGAAUGGUUUGCCCAUCAGGCUAUCUCCCAAGACAGAGAGAUAGUCCCAACUACAAAGGCCAAAAAGAAAAAAAAAACACGCACAAUGACAUUUUGGAGAGAGGUUUCUGCUUUCAAUUGAGAAGAUUGAUGAAGGAAGAUAGCAUCAUUCUGAACCAGUUUACCAUGAGGAGAGAGGAACCACGUAUCAGAGACACCCACAAAAAAAAAUAAAAAAAAUAAAAAGAUAUGAACAAGGAAAAGCAAUUUGUACAUAAAGAAGGCUUCAUAUCCAGAUGCUUAAAAGAACCCAAAAUUCAGGUGUCCUUUUUCAAAGAUCUGAGUAACUAGGGGGAUGGGAUUAGGGUAAUAUAGUAAGUUUACUCUAAUUUCAUGCUGUUUUAUUAUUGCUUAUUUGUAUAAAGUCCGCAAGGCAAUUAAUGAAAAUUCGAUAAUUGAUGUUUUU